AACGUUUAAAAUUAUUACACGAAAAAAAAAUACAGGAAUUCUUAGGACGCAGUGCAUUCUGGAUGUUAGGAGCGGUGGUGCUCAGGCAGCUCUGAAGAAGUCAGUGUGACUGGCCCGGUGUGUUUUUGGGGACACUUCUGGGUUUGGCUCAGGCCUCUGGGGAUUUGGGAAGAGGAACCUCCAUGCCGCCUGAAGCAGACACCCGUUGGGUUCCUCUGCACUUUUUCCAAAAACCAGGCACCUCCCCCCACAUCUCCAGAUCGCUGUUAGCUAUCCGGUAGGCAGAAAGGCAUUGCAGCCUAGAAUGGGGCACAAAAGCUCAAGAUGCAAGCUGGUAGGCCCCGGGAGGGGGCGGGGUUGUUGACAUGGCAGUGAAAAAGAAGUGAGAUUUUGAUUUGAUCCCGAGACCAGAGCUGCGCCUAGGCUACCUGAAGGACUUGGGGUGCCCCCGUGAAGCUUAGGAGCAGUGGAAUUACCCUCUCCUGGAGGCUCCCUUCAUGUGGCAGAUUAGAGAACUAGGAGUCGGCAGGGGGUCAGAGUACAAAACCUCAACCAUCCCUCUGGACCUCUAGAGUCACAAUCAGCUUUCCUGAAAGAGACCGAGCCAAGGAAAGCAGCCCCGGCAGGUCGGUUAGUGAACAGUAGAGGUUUCGAGGCUAAGAGUAGGGGCCCGAGCAUCCGCUUCCUGUGGGCUUCUCACGCUGGUGCUGCUAGGUGCUCGCAUUGCGCCGAGAGCUCAAGAGCUCCAAGAUACGGUGCAAAACCGCAGGCCCCGCCCGGGGAUGCCUAUGGGGCCCGGCCCCCCGCCCAGAUGCCACUCCCCAUUUGGAUCGCAAGGUGAGCGGGCCGCUGCCCACUGCUUCCAAUCAUUCCAAGUGGGACGCUUUCAAAUACGCGUAGACACGUCACGUUGUGUGACCCAGGGCCAGUCCGUAGGGAGGGAGGCAUAUCUAUAAAAACAUGCGGAGCGUAGGCGGGGAGGGAGAAGAGGUGCUGGGCAGGGGUCUGCAGCCCCCGGCAAUCGCAAGAGUGGUUGGCAGCGCCCUCCCGCCCCCGCCGGUGAGUUGCUUCUCUCUGCCUCGCUCACAGCUCCUACACUAGGAGCGCUGACCCCAGAAGGUGAGAGCGGUCAGGAGGCAAAGGCCCACCAUGGAGUGGUGGCACAUUUUUAUUAAAAUUGGGAGAGAUGUCCCGGGUAUCCGGCCCCAAGGAAGGCUAACUCUCUAGGCGCUCAGGGUUACUGCCUUCCACGGACAGUCUUGUUUCAAGGGCAGAAGCUUUGUCUGAAUUUGUUAAUCUCUGGUUUGGCUCCUAAUCCGGGGCCUUUUCUGGACUGGAUAGGUGAACUCUGCCUUCCCGGUGGCCUAGCCUCCGCCCGCCCGGGCUCAUCAUGUUUUCCUGGGGGCUGAGCUGUUUGUCCAUGCUGGGGGCUGCGGCCACCACUCUCCUGUGUGCCGGUCUGCUGCUUGGCCUGGCCCAACAGCUCUGGACCCUGCGCUGGACGCUGAGCCGGGAUCGGGCCUCCGCCUUGCCCUUACCCAAGGGCUCCAUGGGCUGGCCGUUCUUGGGGGAAACGCUGCACUGGUUGGUUCAGGGCUCUCGUUUCCACAGUUCCCGCCGCGAGCGCUACGGGACCGUGUUUAAGACGCACCUUCUGGGCAGGCCGGUGAUCCGCGUGAGCGGCGCGGAGAGCGUGCGCACCAUCCUGCUGGGCGAGCACCGCCUGGUGCGCAGCCAGUGGCCGCAGAGCAUGCACAUCCUGCUAGGUUCGCACACCCUCCUCGGCGCGGUUGGCGAGCCCCAUCGGCAAAAGCGGAAGGUCCUGGCGCGCGUGUUCAGCCGCCCCGCCCUGGAGCACUUCGUGCCACGGCUGCAGGGGGCGCUGCGGCGGGAGGUGCGCUCCUGGUGCGCCGCCCGAGGACCCGUAGCCGUUUACCAGGCGGCCAAAGCGCUCACCUUCCGCAUGGCCGUGCACAUCCUGCUGGGUCUGCAGCUGGACGAAGCGCGCUGCGCGCAGUUGGCCCAGACCUUUGAGCAGCUGGUUGAGAACCUCUUCUCACUGCCCCUGGACGUCCCCUUCAGCGGCCUGCGCAAGGGCAUCCGGGCCAGGGACCUGUUGUAUCAGCACCUGGAUGAGGCCAUUGCUCAGAAGCUUCAUGAGGAGCAGGCAGCAGAACCAGGGGACGCCCUGCAUCUGAUCAUCAGCAGCGCUAGGGAGCAGGGCCAGGAGGUCUCCGUGCAGGAGCUGAAGGAGUCGGCUGUGGAGCUCCUCUUCGCCGCCUUUUUCACCACGGCCAGCGCCAGCACAUCCCUCAUCCUGCUGCUCCUGCAACACCCAGCGGCCAUCGCCAAAAUCCAGCAGGAGCUGUCGGCACAGGGGCUGGGGCGCGCUUGCGACUGCCCACCCCGGGCCCCUGGGUCGGCGCCGGACUGCAGCUGUGAGCCCGACCUCAGCCUGGCGGCGCUCGGCCGGCUGCGCUACGUCGACUGCGUAGUCAAAGAGGUGCUGCGCCUCCUACCGCCGGUGUCCGGGGGCUAUCGCACCGCGCUGCGCACUUUUGAGCUGGACGGCUACCAGAUCCCCAAAGGCUGGAGCGUGAUGUACAGCAUCCGAGACACGCACGAGACAGCCGCGGUGUACCGCAGCCCCCCCGAGGGCUUCGACCCGGAGCGCUUCGGCGUGGAGAGCGAAGACGCGCGGAGCCCCUGCGGCCGCUUUCACUACAUCCCGUUCGGCGGCGGCGCGCGCAGCUGCCUGGGCCAGGAGCUGGCGCAGGCCGUGCUGCAGCUGCUGGCGGUGGAGCUGGUGCGCGCCGCGCGCUGGGAGCUGGCGACACCCGCCUUCCCGGCCAUGCAGACGCUGCCGAUCGUGCACCCGGUGGACGGGCUGCUGCUCUUCUUCCAUCCCCGCGGGACCGCGGGUGCGGGGGAUGGACCACACCUCUGACCCGCGCCGCUUCCCCAGCCUUGGCUGCUGCUCACAAGCGGCGCUGCCCAUCUUCAGCGUCCUAGGUCCUCAUUGAUCUCCCGCCCGUUCAUCCAGUCACGGGCUUAACAAACGCUUGCGGUACAGCUUUGCUAGACUGGAAGUAGCAGAACGAGCCACGGACACCGCAGUGACCGCAGUGGCGAAGUGCUGGGCGUGGGGAGGAAGAGUAGGAGGCGUGCGCCCCACAUGGUAGGCACUUCCCAAGAUCUCAGAGCAGCCAGUGGUGGAGAGAACCUAUCUCCAGCGGCAACGGCAAUUGUGGUGGUAGUUAGGUAUACGUUUCAAACUAGAAGAGAAUUUGUAAUUUUUUUUUUAAGUCAGCAGAUACACCAGCAUGGGUACCAGGCGGGACCUGUUGUUUGUCCAAGAGACACACCAAGAGGGCCCCAGGGCUCCUGUCGGCAGAUUCUACUAGAUACUUCUAAAGAGAAAAAUUCCAACUUGAAGGAUGUAUUUAAUGUCCUCAUUUAUAUAGAAGAUGAUACGUUCUCUUGAGCUGUCUCUAAGUCUGGUUCAUUCGAGGUUGAGGCAUAAUUCCUUCUUGGGAGAAUUGAGAUAAACAAGAGAUUUGAGAUAUUUGUCCCAAAACAGGAAGGCCAAGAAGUAACUUUUUUUUUUUUUUUUUUUUUUUUUUUUUUUGCCAGUGGUUGAGUAAGGAGGCUGGGGCUCAGCUGGGUGGCUAUUACUCUGGUGUGAUGGCCAAGGGGGAGGGGGGGAGAGGAAGGGCUACAGAGAUACACCUGAAGGACCUACCUGUAGCCUGUACCCGAUGCCUAGAAGCUGGGCAGCUUCAGUCCCAUGCUUCCAUCUGGACCAUGGAUGUGGAUGGUGGUUUUGGAGUAUCUCUGCGUCAUCUGCCCACAGAGUUGUUGUUCUUACUGCUUCUCUCUUCGCACUGUUCCUGAGGAUUAAAGAGACCUAUGACCCUCCUGAGGAGCCACUUCUGUCCUGCAUCCCCUCUUCCCGUUUCUCCUCUGAG